AUGCAAGAUUCGCCUGUCGUUGUCUUCAUGUGUGUGCAACAUUCGCAGCAGCAGGUUCCCAUGCUCAACAAUUUUAUGUGUAUGCGUAUGCGUGGCUGGCAUAAUAACAACUGUUAUUGCAACAAUUUGACCAUUAUUCCGACGAUUACUACCGGUACUGGUACGGGCACAAAGAUCUUGAAGCGCUCCAAGUUGCUACGGAAGAAGCGGGACCUCAUUCGCCGUCGCUUUAGCCCACGUUCAAAAUGGCAUUCAACGUCGAAGCCCAAUCCAGCCAAGCCAGGCCCAAGAGCGAAUCAAGCAGCAGCAACGCAUCAAUCCCAGAGCAGAGCAACAGCAACAACACCCCCAAGAGCAACACCAAGAGCAACCCAUCAGAUUGUACUGCCAACGAGACCCCUAAACAGUGCAACAUCAACGAGGAGGGCUACCGAAAAUCCAAGAGAUAUAAUAUUGACGAUCCGGGAGCCGCAAGCACGAGUACAACAGGCACCCACAUACGAGGCGACAAUCCGGGCGGGGCACGCAACAUCCCAGGACCCGAUAACUGGCGCGACAAACUCGUCGCCCAAUUGCUGCUGCUCUCAGAGGAGAACGAGGCCAACGGAGCGUAUGAGGGAUUUGCCUACGUCGACGAUCACCACAAUACCGAUCGUGAUAGACAGCAAGCCAAAUCCCAGAAUACUCCUGAUCAGAGUGCCCACAAGCAACAGCAACAACUGCAACAACAACUGCAACAGCAACAGCAGCAACAACAGCAGCAACAGCAAUUCCAGCGGGACAGAGCACAGGGCGCCUCGAACUCGCGUCAUCAGAAUACCCUUUUUACCAGGGUCGGUACCAACGCGUCCGCCGUCCAACCACGUGGCCUCGCCUGCCACGAGUCCUUUAGUAAAUCCGACAGGUUCGGCGAGGAGGUCCCGUAUCUCAACGUGCCUCACGACUGGGAUACCAACAUCCCCCCAGCAACCAGAAACGGUGGCAGGUUUAGCGACUACCACGACUACGGCAAUGGUGAACCAAACGGUCCCGGUUUCGACGAGCAAGCCUCAGACACAGACCCUGGCAGCCAUGGCUGGUAUCCUGCUACCAGGUGCGGACGAGCCGCCAUUCCGCCAGGAUAUGAGUGGAGCAAUGCCUACUGCCACAGUUGAAGAGAUAGACGUUCCGGUGUUCAUUGAUGAAUACCUGCAAGAUAUAGAAGCAACGUCAUCGACGUGCAGCAGCGAAAACGGAAAGGAGAUUUUUACUGAGACGGAUAUUCUUGACUUUGAUAUAAACAUGUUUGCCCAGGAUCUUGAGCUCGAGGGCAAGAAGAUUGAUCCCAACAGUCCGGCGAUGGACGAGAUGAACAACGACAACAUAAACAACGACUUCUUAGGCAUGGAUGACGUGCCACUGGCCAGCGAGGAGGCGACCAUGGACAUGUCGUCCUGGCCCAUGGACGACGGCAUCGACUUCAACCAGGGUGGCGGUCCCGACCUCAUCAGCAGCAUCCCCCAAUACCAACAGCUGUCGGCCAUGCUGACCUCCUCCCAGGACCCCCUCCUGUGCACCUUCUCUCAAGCCACCUCCACCAGCAGUAACACCAAAUACAUCAUCGAGGAGCCCCACGUCCCCGACAUGGCCAGCUGCGACGGCGACAGUCUCUACCCCUGCAGCCAGGAGUCGCUCGGCUUCGGCCUUGGGGAAGUCGCCAAGCCCAGCGGCAGCUUUGCCAGCAGCGGCGACGACGUCGACGUGGCCAUCCCAACCCCCAUCAUACACCCUGUCAUCUCUGUGCUUAAGCGCUCCGCUCCGGCUCCCGUGGUCGAGGAGCAGCCGCUCAAGCGCAGCCGGCUGGCACUCCAGAUCAACAGCCAGCCAACGCCCACCGUCAACCUGAGCACGCCCGAAAUCAUCGACCAUGUCCUGGAUUUCGAUAAGUUCAUGGCCGGCGGCAUCAAUACCAGCACCAACAACACAUCCAACAACAUAAUCACCAUCACCGAAGCAAUCGUAGAGGAUCUGCGCAGUGCCGAGGAGGAGACCACCAACGACUUCUCACCGCCGAACACACCGCGCAGCAACUACUCCAACACCUCCAGCAGUGCGGCGCCAACCUGCCAGACAGGAUUCGGCGGCUUCCUCACUGCCCCCGCCUCACCCGCCUUCUCGGUGGCCAGCACCUCACAGUUCAGCCCCUCGCCAGCCGGCGGCACUGCCAACGGUAAGCGGAAGCGCGGACGCCCUGCCAAGGAGCAUGCCGACGGACCCGAUCCGGAGCUCAUGUCGCGCAUGAACGGCGAUGAGAGGAAGGCCUACCAGGACAGGAUCAAGAACAACGAGGCCAGCCGCGUCUCGCGCCGGAAGACGAAGAAGCGCGAGGAGGAGGAGAAGAGUGCGGAGGACCAGCUGGUGGCCGAGAAUCUGCGUCUGCGCGCCCUCGCCGACGAGGUGGCGUUCCGGGAACGCAAGUUCAAGAAGUACCUGAUGGAGCGCCAGCGCAAGAACAGCACCUACAUCAAGCAGGAGCAGCACUAAGAUUCUCGUAGCCAUAGCCAGAAUAGAUGGAGCCAACUGUCGUUACCUACCGAUUGUCGCAUAUUGCGGUGCAUAGCCUUAGUCCGAGGACCCCUCGUCGUCAUCCAUUCUUUAAGUUAGUUAAGUUGUCGUUGAAGAAGUCGAGAGCAGAAGUCCAAUUUCCAUCUGGAUUGAUGUAAAACAUACAAUUUUUAGCCACACACUAGGCAUAGAAAAGAGGGCGCAAAUAAAGCGCGAGGCGUGUUUAACUAUAAUUAUUAUUAUGUUUGAGAAACCUUAAAAAUUAACAUGUUUUUACCCAAGUAUAUGUUUUUGUCCUAAAUGUAAUCAAAAAAACCCAGAAAAGCACAAAAAAAAGAGAUUACGAUUUCGUAUGUUUUAACCCCAUUGAAAGAACAAAAAAAGUUACAAAAAUGUCAACAAAAAAAUAUGCUAUUGUUAAGAACAAUUGAAAUGUAUAUUUUAUCAACAUAUAUAACCGUAAUCGUUUAAAUAAAAGCAUGUUCCAUGAGCAUGACAAAAUCAAA